AAUGACAAGAAAGAGAGAGAAAGUAGAGUGAGAAAUAGGAGAAAUGGGGCAGAAUUUUUAAUGGGAAAGUUAAGUAUGAGAGAAAAUGACAUUUUAGAGACUUGAGAGAGAGAAAGUUAUUGAAUUUUUAGAGAGGGAGGUGGGCACUGGGCACUGGGUUUUUAUUGGAUUUUUGUGGGAACACGGAGCGUCCCACUGCCAAAGUUUGUGUCUUUGAGGUGUGGUGGGGGUGCGUAGGAUAAGCAGGAGCUUGUUGGGUUAAAGGUUCAUGGUGCACAGGCUGCUUCAGUUCUAAACCUGCAUUGGGAUUGUUGUGUAGUAGUGUAAGAGAGAGAGAGCUUGUAGUUGGGGUUUCAGGAGAUGGGUGGUGCGCAGUUUAGCAGUAGAGGGAGGACAAGGAGAGUUUUAGCAGUGCUUUUCUGCUUAUGGGGACUGAUCUCCUUGUCUUGCGCCGCUAGGUUGAGUGUCUCCCGGCAGAAGCUUGAGGUCCAGAGGCACUUGAAGCGCUUGAACAAACCCGCCUUGAAAAGCAUUAAGAGCUCAGAUGGGGACACAAUCGAUUGUGUUGAUAUUUCUCAACAGCCAGCUUUUGAUCAUCCUUUCCUUAAAGACCACAAAAUUCAGAUGAGGCCUAGUUACCACCCAGAAGGGCUCUUUGACGAGAACAAGGUGGCUGCGAAACCCACAGAGAGAUCAAGCCCAAUCACCCAGCUGUGGCACCAAAAUGGUAGGUGUCCUGAAGGCACCAUACCCGUAAGGAGAACGAAGACGGAUGAUAUUCUGAGAGCAAGCUCAGUGAAAAGAUACGGAAGGAAGAAGCACAGAAGCAUCCCUCAGCCCAGGUCUGCAGAUCCUGAUCUCAUCAAUCAGAGCGGCCAUCAGCAUGCAAUAGCUUAUGUUGAAGGAGAUAAGUACUAUGGAGCAAAAGCAACCAUAAAUGUGUGGGAACCCAAAAUACAACAGCCUAAUGAGUUCAGCUUGUCUCAGCUUUGGAUAUUAGGAGGUUCUUUUGGUGAAGAUCUCAACAGUAUUGAAGCUGGUUGGCAGGUUAGCCCAGAUCUAUAUGGUGACAACAACACUAGGCUUUUCACGUACUGGACCAGUGAUGCAUACCAAGCCACGGGUUGCUACAACCUCCUCUGCUCAGGCUUUAUUCAAGUCAACAGUGAGAUAGCAAUGGGUGCAAGCAUCUCUCCUGUUUCUGGCUUUCGUAAUUCCCAAUAUGAUAUCAGUAUACUUGUCUGGAAGGAUCCAACAGAGGGGCAUUGGUGGAUGCAGUUUGGCAAUGACUAUGUAUUGGGCUAUUGGCCUUCAUUCCUGUUCUCAUACUUGGCUGAAAGUGCUUCCAUGAUUGAGUGGGGUGGAGAAGUGGUAAACUCAGAGGCUGAUGGUAAGCACACCUCAACUCAAAUGGGCAGUGGUCAUUUUCCUGAGGAGGGGUUUGGCAAGGCAAGUUAUUUCAGGAAUGUCCAGGUUGUUGAUGGCUCCAACAAUCUCAAGGCUCCCAAAGGGAUUGGCACCUUCACUGAGCAAUCUAACUGCUAUGAUGUACAAACUGGAAACAAUGGGGAUUGGGGCCAUUACUUUUACUAUGGAGGCCCUGGUAGAAAUCCAAAUUGCGCAUGAAGCAAAACAGCAUUCACCCUCUUUUAUCCUUCUUAAUGUAUCAUUCGAUCUAGUGUAAUGCCUUUCUCUCUUUUGUAUACCUUUUCUUACUGUUAGGUGGGGCUACCGGGCUAGUGACAACAAGUGAAGUAACCUUUCUGUAGUGGGAAGUUUUGACUCUUUUGUUUUUAUUUUAAAAAAAGAUUCUCCAUGUAAGUGGUGGGCAGGUGGCCAAAGUUUCUCAAAAGCCUAAAAGAAACAGGCCUUUUAUAACCCUCUGUAUUCUAUUUGUUUGUUUACUCCUCUCUUGGGAGUGGUUUGUUAAUGAAUGAACGAGUUUCUGGUCU